AUGCAGGGAUUGUGCCUUCUGACUCUCACAGCACUUAUCCCUCAAUUCCGACCAUCUCAUUGCAAUGCCCCCCAGAAAAAUAUGGGAAAGUGUGAGAGGGCUUCCAAAGGACAAUGGGCUCUACUUAUGUUGGUUUUAUUAUUCAAACUUAUCGGGUCUGCAGGGGCGAGACCAUGUUCCAUGGCAUUCGGAGCCGAUCAGUUCCAACGGGAAGGAGGAGGAAAAGGAUCCAAAGAAAAGAACAGAACGGAGAGUUUCUUUAAUUGGUAUUACUUUUCAAUGAGUGUGUCUCUCCUUCUGGCUGUCACUGUUAUUAUUUAUAUUCAGAGCAAUGUGAGCUGGAGUUUAGGGUUUGGUGUCUGUACUCUGCUUAUGCUCAUAUCAACAAUUCUCUUUGUUGCUGGAGCUUCCCUUUAUCGCCAUGACAGUCCAGAAGGCAGUCCAUUCACUGGAUUUGCACAGGUGAUGGUGGCAUCUAUCAGGAAGUGGAAUUUAUCUCUACCUUCUGAUGCUGCAAAGCUUUAUCAUGGCCAAAGCUGUUCCAAUACUCCUGUCACAGACAGACUAAGGUAA